AUGGAUGUGACCGAUGGCAGCACAGAACGUGCGACACCGGGAUAUCCCAACAGCGGUACAGGAGCGCUGUCAGGAAUGGACAGGAUCGACUGGCGUUGUGAUGAUUGCCUCAACAUGAGCGCUGGAUUUCUUUUGCCACUUGCCGAAAGCUCGAGAAUUCCCCAUGGUAGUACAGUGGUAGGCGUUGGUGCUUCUCAAGCUUCUAUUCAACCUACCAUCAUACCUUCUUCAACUGUUGAUAGUGAACUCGUUGAUAGUGAAAUGGUUGACCUGAUAGUGAACUUGGGCAAUGAUUCCUCAACUCCACCAUCCUCACGCGAAAGUUCGGCACAAAAUGAAGAUUUUGGCAGUUACGAAAUUCCACCCACAGUUCAGGAAGAGUCAAUUAGAGAUGGCGCUCCAGGCAACAUUGUUCCUGAGGACACCAUCCGUGUCAUCGAGUAUGAGAAAAUCGAGUCCUCUACGCAACGCGGUAAAUGUAAGUUGGUGGACAACCUUGGACAUUCGUACACGGUUAAACGCAAGUAUGGCGAGGACAACAUUGUCUGGCGUUGUACUGUCCGCAACAAGACAACGAAUUGUCUGGCCACUGUGAGGCAGCAUGGCACAGACUUUAGUCCAGGUGUGCAGGUCCAUUCACAUCAACCGUCCAGUGGCAUAGGUACAGCAGCAAAGAUAAUCAGUGAGGUGAAAGCCAAAGCCAUGGAAGACUUCUUUCGAUCUGCAGGAGCUAUCGCCGAUGAAGUUCUGGUUGCCCAUUUCACAGAUGCCCCGUGCGCUGCUGUUCCUAAGGUUUGUAAUCUCGCUAGGCAAGCAAACCGGAAAAGACAGAAGACAAGACCACAGGAGCCCACUGAUCUGGAGUUUGAGGUUGACGAACGCCACAUACCAGAUGAUUUCCUGCAGGCAGACGUGAAGGUUGGAGGUCGGCGCCACCUCAUAUUCAGCACCCCAGAAAUGAUCGCCCUACUAAAGCAAGCAAAGGUUUGGUACAUGGAUGCCACUUUCAAAGUUGUGAAAGAUCCAUUCAAGCAGCUAUUCUCAAUUCAUGCCUUUGUGAGACAAAACAGUGACGUGAAGCAGAUACCGUUGGCAUUUAUCUUAAUGUCUGGCAAAAAAAGGCGAGACUACAAGCACGUGUUGAAGGCCAUCAAGAACCUCCUUGCUGAUGGUCUCUGCUUGAAAGGCGUUGUCAUCGACUUCGAGCAUGCGUUAUGGCAGGCAGUGGCAAAGGUGUUCCCAGGUGCAUCAGUUCAAGGCUGUGUGUUCCAUUGGACCCAAGCAAUUUGGCGGAAAGUACAAGGGUUGGGCCUGACCACAGCAUACAACGAGGACGACUCAACCCAUAAAUACAUUAGACGGUUGAUGGCCUUGCCAUUUUUGCCCCACGAGCACAUUAGCCAGAUGUUUGAGCAGCUGAAGGCUUUGGCAACCACACCUGUCCUCCAAGCCCUGGUCGCGUACAUCAGUGAUACCUGGAUCAAUUCCACAGUUUGGUCUCCGGAGAAUUGGAGCAUAUUCAAAAAAAGUGUUAGAACCAACAAUGAUGUUGAGGGUUGGCACCAUCGUUUAAACCACAACGCAAGGCGUGGAUCCCUGCCCUUCUACUUGCUGGUUGACCUGUUACAUCGCGAAUCUCGUCUGGUGUCCGUACAGGUUCGUCUAGUUUCUGACAACAAAUUGAAACGUCAACAACGGCGCAAAUACAGAAAACUACAAGGCAGAAUAUUUGAACAUUGGGACAAAUUCAUUGCUGGUGAAAUGACCAGCAAACAACUGUUGCAUGCUUGUGCCCAUGUCAAUGGCCCUUGCACCCAGUGA